CUGAUCUUUAUCGUUUCACUGGCCGGAGAUUCUCUCAUUGUGAUAAUCGUUUAUAAAACGCAGAACUUAAGUAAACCGAUAAAUUAUUUCAUCGCAAACAUGGCCUCGUCUGAUUUGUUAUUUCCGAUCUUCAGUGUACCUUGGCGCAUGUUCUACUUGCACACCAAAGACUCGUUCCUUAUCGGUGGUCAGCUUGGUCAGGCCUUGUGUAAGCUUCUCCCUUUCUUUGGAGACGUUUCCUUUGUCGUUUCGAUUCAGAAUCUGAUUCUGAUAGCAGUGGAUCGAUUUGGAGCAGUAGUGUUUCCACUCCGUUCCCCACUCAUCACAUCCAAGCUGUGUCCCUUCUUCAUUCUCGCCACGUGGAUAGUUGCCGUAGCUGUCAAUUCGCCAUUCUUUUUCGCCAACGAGCUCGUUGAAUCCCCAGAGCGAAACUGGUGUGUUACGAAAUGGAAGAAAGUAUUCGGAGAUUCAUCGUCCUAUGCCAGUUUCCAACUAGCUUACUACAUUCUGUUUUUAUACAUCCCUGUCUUGUUGUUUGCCUGCGUGCAGACGUCUCCUAUUUCCUUUGUUGCACGCGGAAAAGGGACGUCUGCGUAACGCCGUCGCUAAUCGUGUUCCAGCGUCCCGCUGGCAGGGUAUUCUAUUUCGCAUAAAUUGUGAAAUAAUAUCCGGUUAGAAAUAAGAGUUGACAGGCCAAACAAAACAUCAUAAGCUCGUGAUACGGGCGAAACGUGACCUUGAGAGUCUGCUUGAACAGAGGUUUUUCUUCUUUUCUCUCUCGCGCGAAGAUUACUAGCACUACACAGUGCAUGUAGCAUUCUAACCUUUGACUGAGUAAAUCUCAUUUUUGCCGCGCUAAGUCUUCCAUUUAGAGGUCAUGAAGCAGGUUUGUUACAUGCAUACUGAGUAGUCAUUUCCUGUGGUUUAUGCUUCUGUGGGUGUUCCCGAUAGGAUUUGAUUUCAGAUGCAGUUGUAAAGUAUUUAAAUUUUCGUGACCUCUGUUUAUUACGGCUAAAUAAAGAUUUUAGUCUCUUUGGCUGGCUUUCUCCGAAAUGCCUGCCUAGUGCAAAGUCCACGCCGCUUUUGUAGUUUUCUCAGACACUGUUUACAAAUAUGAUGUGAUGUGUCAUGCACAGUAAAUUGUAAAGAAAUAAUUUCCUCGUACAGGUUAAAUUUUCCGCGUCCCCGCACAAGAUUUCGAUCGCUCUGCUUUUCGAUCGACGAAACACACCGCACACAAUCGCACAUGUUUUGAUUUGUUUUGGUUAGAAAACCCCGCUUACAUAAAUCAUUGAAAUCACCGCAUACAUUAUCAGACCACAUUCGAUAACAACCAAUCAGCGUUAAGUCAAACAAUGCGAACUGUGUGUCAGCCUAUCACAGCGUGUUCCCAAGAUCUUAGGAACCCAGCAGGACGCUGGAACACGAUUAGCGACGGCGUUACGCAGACGUCCCUUUUCCGCGUGCAACAAAGGAAAUAGGAGACGUCUGCACGCAGGCAAUCUUGUUGUUAGCCAUUCUUUACUCCAUCAUCUUUAUCAAGCUCAAGACACAGGUACACCCAGGUGAGCAGUCCGCGAACACUCAGCAACAGCGGAACAAAAGAAGCAGAAAAGUGCUUCAAAUGUCCAUUGCUAUCGUAACAGUGUUUUUGCUUUGCUGGUUACUUUUCACUACUAAUAUUUUAAUCAUAAUGGUGUAUAAGGACAGUGUAACGUAUUUCUCCUGUAGUUUCUGGAUAUAUUUUCAUGUAACCUACUUUACGGCUCACGCUUACUGUGCUAUCAACCCGAUUAUCUGCUUCAUUUUUAGUAGUAAUUAUCGACAAGGUGCUAAAAGACUCAUAAAAUGUUCUUUUGUACGGGCGUAAGUCGCAAAAAUGUGCUUUUGAUAUGCACCUAUAUGUCAAGAGUUAGAGGUUCAAGUAACAUUUGCCAAUAAAAGCUAUCACGACUGUUAAUGUACUUUGAAAGCAAAAUGUGUUCCAGUUUAUGUCCCCCCUGCCUCGGCUCUGCCAUGACUGCAAAGUGUGGCAGCAUAGGCGACGUAUUGUAACAGUUUUGGUAGUAAAUAACAGUGCCAGAUCCAGACCUUGAGAUAAGGGGAGGGGUCCAGGUCAUCCAGACCCUUAGAUAGGGGGGGGUCUCCAAAAAAAUUUUUUCGGCCCUUCGGGUUUCAGUUUGGUCUAAAAAUAAUGGGAGGCCCGGGCCCCCCGGGCCCCUCCCUUGGAUCCGCCACUGAAUAAAACUCAGGGAUUGACCAUGCACCCUCUCAGCAGCAGAGCUGUUCAUUCGCUCGCCGCUUGAUCACUUGGCGUCACUCAACAAAUUAGGAGAUUCUGCUCGCAGGGUGAGAUGGAUCAUUAGAAACGUUAUGGGGGAGGGGGUGAGUGAACUACAAAAUAAAUAUUCAUGCAAGGGGGAAAUAAACUGAAACUGGUGUGUUACGAAAUGGAAGAAAGUAUUCGGAGAUUCAUCGUCCUAUGCCAGUUUCCAACUAGCUUACUACAUUCUGUUUUUAUACAUCCCUGUCUUGUUGUUAGCCAUUCUUUACUCCAUCAUCUUUAUCAAGCUCAAGACACAGGUACACCCAGGUGAGCAGUCCGCGAACACUCAGCAACAGCGGAACAAAAGAAGCAGAAAAGUGCUUCAAAUGUCCAUUGCUAUCGUAACAGUGUUUUUGCUUUGCUGGUUACUUUUCACUACUAACAUUUUUAUCAUAAUGGUGUAUAAGGACAGUGUAACGUAUUUCUGCUGUAGUUUCUGGAUAUAUUUUCAUGUAACCUACUUUACGGCUCACGCUUACUGUGCUAUCAACCCGAUUAUCUGCUUCAUUUUUAGUAGUAAUUAUCGACAAGGUGCUAAAAGACUCAUAAAAUGUUCUUUUGUACGGGCGUAA